AUGGGUCGGUUUUUCAGGCUGCAAGUUCUGGUAUUAACCAGUAACUUGUUGGAAGGACGAAUUCCAAGGAACCUUUCAAACUGCAAUGACUUGAGUCUUCAUUUAGGCAACAACAAGUUUAUAGGAAAUCUUCCCAAAGAGCUUGGUUCCUUAUCCCAAUUGGUGCUACUCUAUAUUGAUUCCAACAAUUUGACAGGGGCAAUCCCGACUAUUUAUGCAAACCUUUCAUCUCUUGAACGUUUCUUGGCUCAUUUGAAUGUGUUAGAGGGAAGUAUUCCAAACUCUCUAGGCGGCGUGAAAAGCUUAACAUAUCUUUCAUUCUUCUCCAAUAAACUAUCAGGUGUGAUUCCUUCAUCUAUUUAUAAUAUCGUGUCAUUGAUUGCUAUGGAGACACCAAGUAAUUUACUUGAAGGAAGUCUUCCUCAAAAUUUAGGCCUCACUUUGCCAAAUGUUGAAGUGAUUAAUAUUUGGGGAAACCAAUUUAGUGGAUCGAUUCCACUUUCAAUAUCAAAUGCUUCAAAACUAAAAUACUUUGACUUAUCACUUAACAAAUUUUCUUCUGGAGUGGCUAUUAAUUGUGGAAACCUAAAGAAUCUCUCUUGGUUGAGUUUAGAUAAGAGUGGUUUGGGAACUGGGCAUGCCAAUGGCCUUAAUUUCUUAACUGCGUUAGCCAAUUGUAGCAAAUUUAGAGUUUUGCAAUUACAAGAAAAUAAUUUUGGAGGUGUUUUACCAAAUUCUUUAGCUAACUUCUCAAUAAAACUCGAGCAUUUAUCAGUGGCAGCAAACCAGAUAUCUGGAAACGUUCUAUCAGAUAUUGGAAAUCUUGUGAGCCUAAAUGCUCUAGCUAUGGACAAGAAUCAAUUGAUAGGAAGUAUUCUAACCUCUAUUGACUUGUCUCGAAACUGUCUAACUGGUCCUAUCCCUGUCGAAAUCGAUAACUUGAAAAAUCUUGUUGAACUAAAUAUUUCUCAUAACAAGUUAUCUAGUGGAAUUCCUAGCAGCCUUGGUAGUUGCACUUCUUUGGAACGUCUUUAUUUGGACAACAAUUCAUUUGGAGGAACCUUUCCACAAUUGUUGAGUUCUCUGAAGGCCAUCGAAGAAUUAAGUCUCUCACAUAAUAACCUAUCCGGUGAAAUUCCCAAAUUUUUAGAAACCUUUCCCUUUUUGAGGAAUUUAAACCUUUUUUUCAAUAAUCUUGAGGGAGAGGUACCAGUAGGGGGAGUUUUCCUCAAUGCAACUGCAAUUUCAGUGUCGGGAAAUAACAAGCUUUGUGGGGGUAUACCUGUUGUACAGCUUUCGGCUUGUGCUUCUAAAAAACCAAGAAAGUUAAUUAUUCCCAUAGUUUAUGGGGUUUUAGGUAUCAUUUUGGCAUCAUCUAUUCUAAUCCUUUGUUUUCUUAGAAAAACGAGAGAGCAAUCUUGUGUGCCAUCUUCUUUGAUAGAUUCUUAUUUGAAAAUAUCAUAUGGAAAUCUUCUCAAAACGACAAAUGGGUUCUCUUUAACUAAUUUGAUUGGUACAGGAAGCUUUGGUUUAGUAUACAAAGGAAUUCUCCAUCCAGAUAAAAUGACUAUCGCGAUGAAGGUACUUGACCAACAAAACAGAAGAGCUUCAAAGAGUUUUGUGGCUGAAUGCAAAACUCUUAGAAACAUCAGGCAUCGAAACCUCGUCAAGAUUAUCAGUGUUUGUACAAGUGUUGAUUUCCAAGGUAAUGACUUCAAAGCCCUAAUAUAUGAGUUCAUGGAAAAUGAGAGUCUUGAAAGUUGGUUACAUCCAGUUCCACAAGCAGGUGGUGGUGGUGCCCGUGAGCAGCCGAAAAGUUUAAGCCUUUUUCAGUGA